UUGCGACUCCUUCAGCUCCACUGAACACUGCGUGUUCUUGGACCAAGGUCAUAUGACGUUGACUAGUCACUGACUAACUCAGUAGAAACAGAAACUGCUGGUUUCUGUCUGCGCCGGCAGGAGCAGGCGUGUUCUUCUUAUAUGACCAUAUCAGGAACACUGAAGGCGCGCACCUGUGACCUGACGUCAGACGGUGGAAGUACCUGCGCUGACACGUCUAAAGUUGAAGCAGUCAGCGCUUGAAACGACAGAUUGGUAGUUGGAUUAAGAGGAUUUGUUGACUUUUCGCUGAGCACCUACCGUUAAACUUUUUUCUUUUUUUUAAGUAUUUCUUUGUUAUUUGAAUUUGAGUUAAAGGAAUAGGAGUUGUUAUCAAAUGGGGACGAAACAGCUCGCUGCUGUCGCCAUUUUACUCGCCCUUUUCCAGGAUGUAGCAUUAGCUACUGAGGAUUUAGAAUGUGUACCAGGAUUCCAGGCUGAUAUGUUAACUUUCAGCGUUAUGAAGACGCUGCUACGCCCAGGCACAAGACUUGGCAAGGUUGUCUUCGAAGACUGCACAGACCGCAAGCUAUUCCCCUUUGCCGUAAAUGAUUCUCGUUUAGCUGUCAGCAAUGGCGGCGUUUUGUCAGUUAAGAGGCCCAUACAUCUUCAUGAAGGACACAAGCAUCUUGUUGUUCACACCUGGACCUCGACUGGUCAGAAAAUUGGCGUUUUAGUUAAGAUAUCACAUCAUACAGAAGAACACCGUGGGGAAAAUCAGGAGCAAGAAAAUAGUCCACCGGAAAAUGAUCAGCCUUCCACAGCUCAAGUUGAAGCUGACGUCAACACACAGGAUGCAUCCACCUUAGACGUACCUGUUCUGUAUUUCCCUAAGUCUAAUGGUGGGUUGAGGAGGAGGAAAAGAGACUGGGUUAUUCCUGAUCUCAGUGUCCCGGAGAAUCACAGAGGACCCUACCCUUUAAAAGUAUCACAGAUUCGUUCAAAUAAAGACGACAGUGUGGUUGUCUUUUACAGUAUUAGUGGUCCAGGAGCAGACCAGCCUCCUAAGGACCUUUUCACAAUGGAUAGGAAAACUGGUAAUUUAUAUGUGACACAACCACUGGACAGAGAGCAUAUCGCAAAGUACAAGUUUCAAGCCCAUGCCGUGGCAGAUGGUUCAGGAGAUGCUGAGCAACCAAUGGACAUUGUAGUGCAUGUGAUUGACCAAAAUGACAAUAAACCUAAAUUCACUCAAGAUACCUUCCUGGGACAAGUCCCUGAAGCCUCACAUAAGGGCUUUGAGGUGAUCACAGUGACAGCCAUUGAUAUUGAUGAGCCCUCCAAUGCCAACUCGGAUAUCAGAUACCGCAUUCUGAGCCAGGAUCCAGAACUUCCCAGUUCCCCAUUGUUUGAGAUAAACCCCAUCACAGGAACUAUUCGAGUUAAUGCAGGUGGUCUAGACCGAGAGAAAUAUCCAAAGUACACUCUGAGUGUGGAGGCAGCAGACAUGGAAGGAGAUGGUUUGUCUGGAAAUGCCAAAGUUAUUCUUACUGUAACAGACAGCAACGACAAUGCUCCAGUCUUUACUCAGGCCACGUAUGAGACAUCAGUAUCUGAGAAUAAGGUGGACGCUCUGGUCGUUAAAAUGUCAGUGACUGACGGUGAUGAGCCACAUUCCGCAGCCUGGAAUGCUAAGUUUACAAUUGUUGAUGGCGAUCCGGGAGGUCUGUUCUCUGUGACUACAGGAGGCAGUCAACAAGAAGGGAUCCUUACGACAGCCAAGGGUCUUGACUUUGAAAAGACUACAAGGCACACUCUGUUGAUUGCAGUGGAGAAUGAGGUUCCUUUUGCUACUCCGCUGCCUACUGCCACAGCCACCGUGGUGGUGAAUGUCGUGGAUGUCAAUGAACCUCCAGUAUUCGAACCAAUCGAGAAGUUGAUAUCAAAGCCUGAAGACCUUCCGGUUGACGCUGACAUUGUGCAGUACCUUGCCUUUGAUCCGGACACUGCCCGCAAACAGACAGUCAUGUACAAAGUAAUUAGUGACCCUGCUGGCUGGCUGAAUGUAGCCAAGGAAACAGGCCUGAUCAAAGUGAAAACCGACAUGGACCGUGAAUCCCACUUUGUGAAAGACAACAAAUACACAGCGCUGAUCGGUGCAUAUGAUAAUGAUGAGGUCCCAGCCACAGGAACUGGAACUCUCAUCAUCAAGCUUGAGGAUGUCAAUGAUAAUGCACCUAUUAUUGAAGAGCGGAUGAUCUCAGUGUGCAACAAAGAGCCUUCUACGCAUUUGCUUUCAGUGACAGACAAAGACGGACCAGGGUUUGCAGCUCCGUACAGUGUCACUUUACAUGGCACAACCAAGACUAACUGGACAGCUCGCAUGAACGAGUCAAGAACGGGCAUCAUCCUUAAUUUAAACAUGGAGCUAGAAAGCGGAGAAUACAAUGUUGUCCUGAGGGUUGCGGACAAUCAUGGCAUGGAGCAGGACAACACUGUCCAGGCCAAAGUGUGUGACUGCACUGGCGCAGAGGUCGUCUGCAAAGGCCGAAUUGCAGGUGGCAGCAGCCUGCCCAUGAUUCUGGGAGUACUUGCAGGAAUCCUGCUGCUGCUCAUGCUGGUGCUGCUGCUGCUGCUGUUUGCAAGACGGAGAGGAGGAGAACAGAAGGAGCCUCUACUUCAGGACGACGACAUCAGAGACAACAUCUACAAGUAUGAUGAAGAAGGAGGCGGCGAGGACGAUCAGGACUACGAUUUAAGUGUUCUUCACCGGGGUCUAGACAACCGUCCUGACGUGUUCAGAAAUGAUGUGAUGCCAAAUUUUAUGCCUGCUCCACAAUACCGACCUCGCCCUGCGAACCCAAAUGAAAUUGGCAACUUCAUUGAUGAUAACCUGAAGGCAGCCGAUAAUGACCCUACAGCACCCCCCUACGACUCCUUACUGGUCUUCGACUACGAGGGUGGUGGCUCUGACGCAGGAAGCCUCUCGUCUCUGAACUCCUCGAGCAGCGGGGACCAGGACUACGACAACCUCGGCGAAUGGGGGCCGCGCUUCAAAAAACUUGCCGACAUGUUCGGCGGAGGAGAGGACGACACGUUGUGAACACGUUAAAGGAAAACACAGGUGGAUGCAAACAAGGCUGCGUGAAUGUUGGAGUUGUAUGAUGUGAUUAAGGGACUCUCCAGUCUGACAUCACUGGACUUUAUUAUUUUUUUUAAAGAUGGAUUACGGUUUACUUUUUAUUGCAGUCCCACUACAGCUACUGCUCAAAGGCCACACCAGUCUAUGUUAUAUACAUGAGUAACGACAUUAAAGGUACGAUUCAUUCUUUUAAAAUAAGGUUCUAUAAAUUAAUAUUAGAUAUGUGGCUAAAAAACCACGUGAACACUGGAUAAUCAAAAUAGACCGUCCUGACUGGAAACUCUAGUUGGUGUAUUGCUCACUUUACCACACUAUAGUAUAUGAAAACAAUUACUACAGAAAUCCGUUUGAGCGCAGUUAUUUUGUGUUAAAUGUUUUAUGAUUUUUUUUUACAUUGAAUAACCUUAUUGAGGUUAAUAUCGAGUUUAUUCUGAUCACGAUGAAGGUAUUUUUUGGAUCCCUUCAUCGUGAUCAGAAUAAACUCAAUGCAAUAAGUCUUAGUUUCAGUGAGAGGUUGUGAGUGUUUCUGGCCCCAGCAUUGAUACGAUGACGUGUCUCUGCUUACGUACAAUCGUACUUUGGAUAUUUUGGGGCUAUGUCUGCACUUCUUUAAAUACUGACCUGAAAUCGGUGGGGCUCAUAUCUGUUGUUGUUGAGUUUUGUCUCUCUUUAUGAUUUUGUACUUUGUAAAGUGUAAUUUCCUCAUCAGGUGCAAUUACAUGUCACUCUUCUGUAUUUUGCAAUAGAAAAAAAAAAAAAACAGUAAACGAAGAAAAAUGACUUUGGGAUGCUAAAUGUCAGUCAGAGGGUGUGGCUGUCGAGUUGACAAUAAAUGCCUUUUUUUCUUUUUCUUUUUUUUUAAAUGUUCCUUUUUGAUAGCAAUUUUUAUGUUGGAUUUUCCAAUCGUUUUGUAGUUGAAUGCUUUGAAAUGCUUUGAAUGAAUUUUAUAAAAUAUCUUAACAGAA